UUUCACGGAUCAGAUUUUCCAUCAAAGCUAGAAUAACAGAAAUAUAAACGUUGCAUUCUAAAGUCCCCCUACAACGUUGUAUGUGAACAUCUCUCGUCGUAAAAACCCGCCGUAGCAUACUCAACCCUCUCAACUGAGAUCCUUCCCUUCGUCUCCUAACACAAGGAAAACUAUCAUUCCGAAACCGAAUCUCAAAUGCCAAUCUGACCCGACCCAUUCCGACCCGACCCGACCCGACCCGACAUGGUGCUCGCGAAGCGUAACACCGGUCGGCAAUGGAGGAUUCUCAAUCUCAUAUCGGCCGGCUUCUUUGUAGCGGUUUUCAUCUUCCUCGCUCUCGUCUUCACACGCUUCAGCGACUCUCUCUUCGUUUCCACCCGCCGAUCCGUCACCAUCUCCACCGUCGUCGAUCCCCUCCACCGUCAGAGGCUUAUAUCGCUGAUCGACGCCGGCCAGAAGCAGCCGUCGAUCGAGCCCUGCGGUCCCGAUGCCGUUGAUCACAUGCCCUGCGAGGAUCCCCGCAGGAACAGUCAGCUCAGCAGGGAGAUGAACUUCUACCGCGAGAGGCACUGCCCGGUGCCGGAGGAGGCGCCGAUCUGCUUGGUCCCUCCGCCUGGCGGGUAUCGGAUCUCCGUUCCGUGGCCGGGGAGCUUGCACAAGAUAUGGCAUGACAACAUGCCACAUAACAAAAUUGCUGAGAGGAAAGGCCAUCAAGGCUGGAUGAGAAAAGAAGGCCCACAUUUCAUUUUCCCAGGUGGUGGUACAAUGUUCCCUGAUGGAGCUGUACAGUAUAUUCGGAAGCUAUCACAGUAUGUUCCUAUUAGUGGAGGCGUCUUGAGGACAGCUCUGGAUAUGGGUUGUGGGGUUGCAAGCUUCGGGGGUUACUUGCUUAAGGAAGAGAUUUUAACCCUUUCCUUUGCUCCAAGAGAUUCGCACAAAUCACAGAUACAGUUUGCACUAGAAAGGGGAAUACCAGCAUUUGUUGCCAUGCUUGGCACUCGCCGGCUGCCAUUUCCUGCAUCUGCAUUUGACCUUGUGCACUGCUCUCGGUGCUUGAUCCCCUUUACUGCCUACGGCGGAACAUACAUGAUUGAAGUAGAUCGAUUACUUCGACCCGGAGGAUAUCUGGUUAUAUCUGGUCCACCUGUACAGUGGCCUAAAGAAGAAAAGGAAUGGGCUGAUCUCCAAGCUCUAGCACAAACCUUGUGUUAUGAGAUGAUCACUGUCGAUGGAAACACUGUCAUCUGGAAAAAGCCUUCUGGGGAUUCUUGUCUGCCUAGUCAAAAUGAAUUUGGGCUUGAUCUUUGUACUGAAGAUGAUGAUCCAAGUGAUGCAUGGUACUUCAAGCUGAAAAACUGUGUCAGUACGCUACCCUCUCUCGAGAAGAAAAUUGCUGUUGGGUCCAUUCCAAAUUGGCCGGAUAGACUCACCAAUCCCCCUGCAAGGGUCACAUCUGGGAUCGAUGUAUUUGAAGCUGACACAAAGCUUUGGGCCAGACGAGUUGUAUACUAUAAGAAAUCCCUCGGCAUAAAGCUGGGGACUUCAGCAAUACACAAUGUUAUGGACAUGAAUGCAUAUUUCGGAGGCUUUGCAGCAUCAUUGGUCUCUGACCCUGUUUGGGUCAUGAAUGUUGUUCCCUCUUACAAUCAGUCAACCCUUGGCGUGAUUUAUGAUAGAGGUCUUAUUGGAGUCUAUCAUGAUUGGUGUGAGGCUUUCUCAACAUAUCCUCGAACAUAUGAUCUCAUCCAUGUAGGCAGCAUAGAAUCCUUGAUACAAGACUCCAGCUCAGGCAAGAGCAGAUGUCAUCUUCUUGAUUUGAUGUUGGAGAUGGAUCGGAUACUACGUCCAGAAGGAACGGUCAUAGUUCGAGAUUCACCCAAAACCAUGGACAAGGUGAGCCGCAUAGCUCAUGCAAUAAGAUGGACAGUUAAGGUGUACCCUGCUGAGUCAGAAUCAGAUGAAAGUGUGAAAAUUCUAGUAGCAACUAAGAAGUUUUGGAAGCUACCUUCAGCUUCUCUUUGACACUUGUUCUUUACAUUGUUUCUUCUUCUUCUUCAUAUUAUUCUUCUUUUGGUUCUUCAUAUUAUUCUUCUUUUGGUGUUUCUUCUUCUUCUUCAUAUUAUUCUUCUUUUGGUUUCUAGGCAUGAAGUUUAUAUCAAGAGAGUUUUUUUUUGUUUUUUCUCUUCUCUGGAUGUACAAAAAGAAACCUCUUGGAAAUUGUCUUGAAUGGCAUUGAAGAAUUACUGCUAAGGGUUUAUUAUGUGGGGUUCUCGCAUUCAUUAACAUCGUAGAAGAUGCUGUUCAAUCAAAGCAAGAUUACCAAUUUCGAUUUUCUUUUCUGGUGUACAAGAUACCAACA